AUGGCUUCGAAAUCAACCCGAGUCGGGAAAAAGAAUGUCAAUAAAUUCCAGGGAAGGACCAUCGACAUAGUCGUGGGAGUCGAGCGCAAGGUUUACAGCGUCCACGAGCAACUGAUUCGCGCCUCUUCUGUGUUCUUCGACAAGGUCAUGGCAGGCGAAUGGACGGAGUCCAGGCAGCGCACAGUUCAACUUCCAGACGAUGACCCGGAGAUAUUCGCGCUCUACGUACACUGGCUCUACUGCGGCACCCUGCCUGUGUUCUGUGAUGAACCAGAUCCCGCCAAAAAUGAUGAGUACAUGGGUCUAAUCAAGGCCUAUGUCCUGGGUGAUAAGCUAUUGGACGCCGAGUUCCACAACGCCGUGAUUGACGCUAUCGUCGAGGAAAGUCGCUCUGAGGCGCAGGACAAACAUCUUUGGUUCCCUGGGGAAAAGGUAAUCGAAUAUGCCUACGAAAACACGACCGAGCGGGCACCAAUACGUAGGCUACUCGUUGAUAUGUGGGCGAUUUAUGCGAAGAGUUCGUGGCUCGAUGACCCGGAGGAGAGCGCAUAUCUUCCGCAUACCUUUCUUCUGGGGCUGCUCUCCAAGCGACUGGAUUCAAAUUUUGAUGCUAAUGAGUCUAUUGAGGCCUGCAAUUAUCACACCCACAAACACAGCCAUGAUAACUUAUCGCCGCCAGAAGAGAAGUAG